AUGACAAGUGUUGUUCCAUCUGCUCUUACACCUCUCUCAAAUACCGAUUCUGGCAUCUACAGUUCAGCCCGUCAACCAUAUCUUAACUCAAACGUAGUACAGGAAGAAUCUCCUGUUAAAUCCACCAGUAAUGCGUUAGAACAACAAAACGUUGUUAAAGUUUGUCAAAAAUUGACAGUAAGAGAAACAUUACCGACUCGAAGUGUUAAUGAUAUAAAAGCAACUGUGCAUGAACCAUGUGCAUCCAAAUAUAAUGCGGCUGUUAAAUACUAUAAUUAUCUUGAACCAGAUUUACCACGCAAGAGAAAUAUGAGAGGUGGACACUUUAUAUUAUAUAGGAUAGUGUGGCUGAAUGCUAUCAUACUAAUCGGCAUAUUUCUGGGGCUUAGUACUAUUUCAAAAUUAAGAGCUUGUAUUUUCGUACCUAUUAUAAUAUGCAUUCUAUAUAUUGCGUUAUCCAUUUAUAAUAUAGUUAUAUACUGUUUAAAUGGCAAUUUGUUAGAAUCCCAUCGUAUGUUCUACAGUAAUCGUAUUUCAUCAGAAUACAAUAAAUUUCUCACCGUGCCAAUUCAAGAAACGACGGUUGUGAGCCAACAUGAUUUUGAUUUAACUCAUCUAGAUGUUCUGCCGGUGUUGAAACAACAUUACACUCAUUUGACAGAAGUUGAUAUAAUGAUAUACAAUGACAAAUAUAAGAUAACUGUUACCCGCGCUCCAAAAUUCUUUUGUGGAGUUGACAUUGUCGUGUUCACGAUAUUACUCAUAGCAUCUAUUAUUUUUGCUGUUGGUGUCGUAUCGAAAUAG